AUGGCGCCGGCCGCCCUCCUCCGUGAGGUGACCCAGGUGCUGUGCGCGGCCGGGGGCGCCUUGGAGCUGGAGGAGCUACGGCGCCGCGUGCGGCCGAGCGUCGUCGGCGAAGUGCUGGACCGGCUGCUGCGGGAGCGCGGGCGCUUCGUGGUGGCGCAGCGGGCGGCCGGGGCGGGCGCGGCGGCCGUCGAGCGCGUGGUGCUGGCCGUGUCGCCGCUGCGGCUCUGCGGCGCCCAUCUGGGCCCGAAGCCGGGCUGCGCGGGGCUGUGCGCGCAGCUGCACCUCUGCAAGUUCUUGUUCUACGGCAAGUGCAAGUUCCUCAGGGACGGGAAGGACUGUAGGAACGGUCACAACUUGAUGUCCAAUCACAACGUAAGCGUGCUGAAAACACAUGGCUUGGACCACCUCAACUUCGGUGAGCUCUGCAUGCUCCUGUUUCAGAACGACCCCUUGCUCUUGCCAGAGAUCUGCCUUCAUUACAACAAAGGAGAUGGACCGUAUGGCUCUUGUUCCUUUAAAAAGCACUGUAUCAAGCUCCAUGUCUGCCAGUAUUUUUCACAGGGUGAAUGCAAGUUUGGCACUGGCUGUAAGAGAUCCCAUGAUUUCUCUAAUUCUGAGAACCUGGAAAAACUGGAGAAGUUGGGUAUGAGGCCGGAGCUGGUGAGCAAGCUGCCUUCCAUUUAUAGAAAUGCUCAUGACAUCAAGAGUAAGAGCUCUGCCUCCAUCCGGGUGCCACCUCUACCCUCGCAGUCACAGGGGACUUCCGAAAGAAGAGACACAGGUUCUGUGUCCCUAAACACUGCCACCCAAGAGGAGAGUGAUCAGAUCUGCUUGUUCCAUAUCUGGAAGAGCUGUAGCUUUCAAGAUAAGUGCAGUAAAGUUCAUUUCCACUUGCCAUAUCGAUGGCAAGUCUUAGAUGGAGGCAAGUGGAAGGAUUUGCACAAAAUGGAGCUUAUUGAAGAGGCAUAUAGCAAUCCUGCAAGAGACGGGGUCACGUGCACUGAGACAUCCAGUAGCUUUCUCAUUGGUUUUCUGAACUUUGACACCAUGAAGUUUGGUGCCACCCAGGCUCGCCGUCUCUCCACAGCCUCCUCGGUCACCAAACCUCCACACUUCAUCCUCACCACCAACUGGGUUUGGUACUGGACUGAUGAGUUUGGCUCUUGGCAGGAAUAUGGACGACAAGGCAUGGAUCACCCUGUGACCAGCGUCACCAGCAGUGAUUUGGAGAAGGCCUACCUGGCGUACUGUGCCCCGGGGUCUAACCCCCAAGCAGCCACCCUGAGGUUCCAGGCAGGAAAGCACACAUAUGAGUUAGACUUCAAAGCCUUCAUUCAGAAAAACAUGAUCUAUGGCACAGUUAGAAAGGUUUGCCGAAGACCCAAAUAUGUGUCUCCCCAAGACGUGAAGAUGAAGCAAACCUGCAGCAUCAAUUCUCAAGGCCUAAAGAACAUUCCUGACCAUUGGGAUCGCUCGGCCCUGCCGGACACUGGCUUUAAGAGGAUCACCGUCCCUUCUUCCUCAGAAGAGUUUCAGAAGGUCUGGAACCUCUUCACCUGUACGAUGCCUCUCUACUCCAUUCAGAAGAUUGAACGGGUCCAGAACCCCGCCCUCUGGGAAGUCUAUCAGUGGCAAAAAGAGCAGAUGCAGAAGAGGAACGGUGGCAAGAUGGUGGACGAAAGGCAGCUGUUCCAUGGCACCAGCACUGGUUUUGUCGAUGCCAUCUGCCAGCAGAACUUUGACUGGCGGGUCAGUGGUCUCCACGGUACUUCCUACGGCAAAGGGAGCUACUUUGCCCGGGAUGCUGCAUACUCCCACCACUACAGCAAAACCGACAGCAACACCCACACCAUGUUCUUGGCUCGGGUGCUGGUGGGCGAGUUCAUCCGGGGCAGCACCGCCUACGUCCGCCCCCCAGUCAAGGAGGCCCAAGGCAACAUCCUGUACGACAGCUGCGUGAACAGCAUGUCCGAACCCUCCAUCUUUGUGAUCUUCGAGAAGCACCAGGCCUACCCAGAGUACGUCAUCCAGUACACCGCCUCCACCAAGCCCCCGGCCGCCGCCCCCGCCCUCUUCUCCUUGGCUUCUUUCUUCAGCGGCCGGCAGUGAGCACUCCGAUGGUUUUAUGCCUUUCUGGCUUAUCUUACUUGAAAUAGCUGUUUAGGGAAAGUUUUUUUUUUUUAAACAAAAAAAACUUUUAAUGAACUGUUCAUUUAACAUUGCUUCAUGAUGAAGUUACGAAGAUUCUUAAUCUCUGGCUGAUGAUAAUAUUUUCACUUUUAAAUCACUUUUGGACUCGCCAGUAAUGAUGGUAGGCGAAUCCAUUAUUGCUUUUUAUUCGGGUGUUAAAGUUUUAUUUUUUACUCUUUGUUGACUUUGCUGCAGAUCGGCAUCAGGCACAGAGUUUCCAGACACUAUUUUAUGGAUUAGUUUUA